CCUUUACCACCGGGGUGGACGGAGGAGGACCGCACAAACAUGUUGGAGGCGAAGAAGUACCAGGAUUGGAUGCAAGCCGGUAUGGAGUCAUGUGUUGCGAAGACAGCGAUAGCAGGAGGCGGAGGUUUUGCCAUCGGUGCUUUCUUCUCGCUCAUGUCGUCCUCAUUUGCGUACGAGGACCCAUUGGCGCGCGCACAGCUGACGACAACACAGAAGGCUUCGGAAAUUUUCAAGGAGAUGGGCCGUAAUAUGUGGAAGAGCGGUAGAGGAUUCGCGAAAGUCGGUGCCUUGUUUGCUGGUAUCGAAUGUGUGAUAGAAUCGUACCGUGCGAGGAACGAUAUGGUCAAUCCAGUUGCAGCAGGUUUUGUUGCAGGUGGUGUGCUUGCGCGGAACGCUGGACCAAAAGCUGCCUUCGGAGGCGGUGUGGCUUUCGCGGCCUUCUCAGCAGUGAUAGACCUCUUCCUACGGAGAGAAACGGCAGACGAUGAUUGAGUCUGUGUUUGCUGGAUAUAUGUAGACUAAUGUAUACCAGGUUAAUCUUUUC